UCUGCAGAAGGAAGUCAAGGAGGAGAAUCCUGGGAUCGUGGCCUCUCUGAUGGUGCUAAAUUGGAAGGGAAGAACAAGGGGGAGCACAAGAGAAUCCACAUAGCGGUGAAGUCAUAUAAGUAUUCAGAGUGUGGAGAGAACAUUGGUCAGAGCUCCCAGUCGAACUCCCAUCAAGGAAAGAGCUUCGUUUGGAGGGACAGCCUCACUUUACACGAAAGAAGUCACAGUGGAGAGAAAUUGUAUCAGUGCUUGGAAUGUGGAAAGAUCUUCAGUCAGAUGGAUCAUCUCACUUCCCAUCAAAUAAUUCAUACGGGUGAGAAACCCUAUCAGUGCUUUGAAUGUGGAAAGAGCUUAAUUCAGAAGAAUAAUCUCACUUCCCAUCACAGAAUUCAUACUGGAGAGAAACCCUAUCAGUGCUUUGAAUGUGGAAAGAGCUUUUGUGUGAGUGGUGAACUCACUUCCCACCAAAGAAUUCAUACAGGGGAGAAACCCUAUCAGUACUUGGAAUGUGGAAAGAGCUUUUGGCUGAGUGGUGAACUCACUUCCCAUCAAAGAAUUCAUACAGGUGAGAAACCCUAUCAGUGCUUGGAAUGCGGAAAGAGCUUCAGUCAAAGUGCCACACUCUCUUCCCAUCACAGAAUUCAUACAGGGGAGAAACCCUAUCAGUGCCUCGAAUGUGGGAAACGCUUCAGUCAAAGCGCCAAUCUCACUUCCCAUCAAAGAAUUCAUACAGGGGAGAAACCCUAUCAGUGCUUCGAAUGUGGGGAAAGCUUCACUAAUAGCUCCCAUCUCACUUCUCAUCACAGAAUUCAUACAGGGGAGAAACCCUAUCAUUGCUUAGAAUGUGGAAAGAGCUUCAGUCAUAGCACCAAUCUCACUUCCCAUCAAAGAAUCCAUACAAGAGAGAAAACAUCUUAGUGUUUGGAAUGUGGGAAAAGAUUCAUUCAUGGCCCACCAAAUAAUUCAUAUGGGGUUGAAAGCAUAUCAGCACAUGGAAUGUGUAUAAAAUUUCACUUGUUAAAAAGUCAAUUUAAGAUCUCACACCAGGGUGAAGUAUAGAAUUAUAGAUUCAGAAUCUAGUCCAGCCCCCUCCAGAAUUCUCAUUUCAAGCACCCAUGACAGGUGGCCAUCCAACUUCUUCUUAAAAUCCCCCCAAUGAAGGUCCACUCCCUUCUGAGAUAGUUCCUUUUCACUGUCAGCUCUUACUAUCAGAGAGAAAAUAUAAAAAAGACUUUGGAGAAGACUUCCGGUGUGAUGGCCUAUGGCGUUUGGCUGCUUUCCCAGGACACCGGACCCCAGUCAUGCAAUUAAACAAGGUGAAUCUGGGGGUAAUGCUGAGAUAAGAUGGCGCCCGGCACGCUUCCGCUGCGCCGAUGGACGCCUGUGCCGAUAGAAAAACUUGAGCUCUCUUAGCAGAGUCCUUAGCAGAGUUCUGCAGCGGUAGAAAGUGUUGCCUUGUGUGUGGAUAAUAAAUCAGACUGAAUGCAGGCUUCUUGCUAAUCUCCAACAGCCUUUAAGGAGAAGAAAAACAUCAUAAAUCAGCCCGGCGAGAGAGCGGACAUCCUAUCGUCUCUCAGCCAAAAACGAAAGGAAAACUCACACACAAAGAAAGAUUCCCGUAUGUGAACCAAACCACGCCUCAGAAUGUGAGACGUCACACAGAACUGUUUAACCCUGUAAGUUCUGAUUCUCCUCACACCCCCUCUCGUCUCGCAUCCUGAGGGAAACUGUGAGUAUAACUCACCCCAAACACAACCCUUCACAGAACUCCCCAUGUCGCUGGAAGGUCAAGGGUUUAGUAAACCCAUCAGCUAGGUUCUCCUGGCUCGAACAAUACUUGAGCCGUAUCCAACCUGCUUGGACACUCUGACAUACAUUCUGGAAAUGUAUGUCCAAAUGCUUGGUUCUGGACUUGAACUGUCCAGAUUCUGCCAACCUAAGACAA